CCGGGCCGUCCAGCUCUCCAUCCUCAGGAUCCUGAACAAGUUCCUGGAUAACUACCAGGAGGACAUGCUGCCAUGGCACGAGAGCAUCGAGCCCUGCCUGUCCUCCAUGACGGCCUUCAUCAACGACAGAGAGGUGGUCCAGCUGUUCAUCCGCUUCCUGUACCGCCUGGCGUCCCUGAACAAAGACUACGCGGUGGUGAUGUGUCGCCUGGGGACCAAAGAGGCUCUGGUGAAAGCUCUGGACAAACACAGCACCAACCUGCUGCUGGUCACCGAGCUGCGUGACCUCAUCACUGACUGUGAGAAGUACGCCAGCCUCUACAAGAAGAUGACCACAAGUGUCCUCGCAGGAUGUAUCCAGAUGGUGUUGGGUCAGAUUGAGGAGCAUCGUCGUAGCCAUCAGCCAAUCAACAUCCCCUUCUUUGACGUGUUCCUCAGGAAUCUCUGCCAAGGCUCCAGUGUGGAGCUGAAGGAGGACAAAUGCUGGGAGAAGGUGGAGGUCUCCUCCAAUCACCAUCGAGCGAACAAGCUGACCGACAAGAACCCCAAAACCUACUGGGAGUCCAACGGCUGCACUGGCUCACACUUCAUCAACAUCUACAUGCACAAAGGAGUCAUCAUCAGGUAG